GACUAUGUAUAUAGAUCCCAUCUCUCUCUCCAUCUCUUUCUCCUCCAUUGAGUCAUUGACCACUUCGAGAGCGAGCUCAUGGAGGUGCAGUGGGUGCUGGUCGUCCAUGGAGUUGUGACGGCGAUGGUUGUGCUCUCGUUUCUCUGCGGCCAAUGGCCCAUCUUUCGCGGCACCUUCAUCGAAAAGAUCAACUAUUUCAUCACCUUUGGCGCCUACGACUAUUUCCUUCGUUUUGUGGCAGUUAUUUGUGGUUCUCGAGCAAGAGAUGCUAUCCUUACUAUUGAGCAUUACUGCUGCGACCGGCCAAAUCCAAUUUUGCAGAUGCUUUAUCUGGCCAUAAUUGGGAUAACAUAUUUUUUUGUUAUCAAAUCAUCCUUCAGAUAUUUUCCUGGUUAUUAUGUUAGCGAGUUUCACAAGUACGCCAGCAUGUUGGCUGUUGGUGUGGGUGUUUUACUUUUUCUGCUAACCAGUUUCUCUGAUCCUGGAACUGUGAAAGCAGACAAUGUGCCUCAGUAUCUUGCUGCUUAUCCAUAUGAUGAAGUGAUAUAUUCAGAGAAAGAAUGCUCAACCUGCAAAAUCCCAAAACCUGCUAGAUCUAAGCACUGUGGCAUUUGUGGCCGGUGUGUUGCACGAUUUGAUCACCACUGUGGAUGGAUGAAUAAUUGCAUUGGUGAAAAGAACACCCGGUAUUUCAUGGCUUUUCUUCUCUGGCAUUUCUUGUUGUGCUUAUAUGGAACAAUUAUACUCGGUCUGAUUGUUGUUGGCCAAAUGAAAGAACGAAGGAUCGUAUACAUUUUGACUGUUUAUUAUGGUGUUGAAAAUUCAUACUCUGGAUUAUUUCCUCAUGUCGUUCAGUGGCUUCUGGGUUCCCAUAACACACAAGUACUUCUAAUCGUGUUCCUAUUCUUAGUCACAUUGCUAUUGGCUGGAUUCUUUGCGUACCACACCCAUCUUUGCAUGACCAAUACAACAACAAACGAAACAUUCAAAUGGCAAGACUAUAUCAGCUGGAAGAAGAAGAUAAAUGAAGCCAAAGCCAGUGCUGCAGCCUUGAAGGCAAGUUUACAAUCAAUGAAUGGCGAAGGGAAGGCCAUUAAGCACAGCAAAUGGCGGGCUUUCUUUCGCAAAUCUCCCCUGCAGUAUGAAGAGGAGGUCAUUAAGAACAACAUAUAUGAUCAAGGAAUCAUCAAGAAUCUACUUGAGAUUCUCUUUCCCUUGUCGGAAAGAAGUUCAUUUCAUCAUCAAAAGUACACAUGAAGACUACAUUCACACAAUUUACUCGAAUUAGUCCGAUCACGUAUUGUUUUUAGCAAUGUGCCGUGCGAACCAUGGGAUCAAGAUCCCGUCUUCAAUUCAUCCUCGAACUACCAGUUCAUUGUUUCCUAGGAUUGAAUGUGAUUUGCCGCAUGUAUGUAAAUACACAUAUAGUAAUAUUGCCGUGAGGAUUCAUUCUUACAAAAGAGAAACACAAUUUGUGACA